AAAACUUUAAGGGAAAACUGUCAUAUUGGUCCACCUACUUCAGACAAAAAGUCAAUCAAGUCCAUCUACUGAAAGCCCCCUGUGUGUUUCGCGAGAGAGUGGCAGUAAGUUCUAUGGGUGUCAAAAAUGGAAGAUAUUUUGUUUGGGUGGAUGCUAUGGAAACGAGAGGGGUAAAUAACCUGGCUGGGAUGAAUGAAAACAGAGACGAAUUGAAAGCUAUGGUUUCAAGACUUGAAAACAGAGUUGAUGAACAACUAAGUGCUAUACAAGUCCAAGUGAAUGGUGUUAGGAAACUAGUUCAAACACAACUACACAAGCAAAGGACACUAGAGUCUUUAGAAAGUUGGUUGGGUUUAGUUUGGUUGUUGUAGUUGGUUUACUGGGGAUGGUUUAUUGGAAGUUGACUACUUUGUAAUUGUAGGACCCGAGCUAGCUAUGAUGUAUUGACAGGGUUAACAUGUAGUACAUGUUGGUACAACCAUUACAUAAUAAAGUAGGAGUAAUUAUUGAUGUAUUGAAAGGGUUCACAUGUGUUGUGUUAUGUCCUGUACUAUUGUUAUUACUCAAUACAAAAAUCAUUUGCAUGCUUCUG